UCCUAAGGGCUGACAGACAGACUCUACAGAGAACACCUAGCCCAUGGAGUCCAUUCCUGUCCUCUUGCUUCUCAGUCUUUGCUCAGCUGGUCUCAUCCUGGGCUCUGAACAUGAAACCCGUCUGGUGGCGAAGUUAUUUGAAAACUACAACAGUGUGGUGAGGCCAGUGGAAGAUCAUCGGCAAGCAGUGGAGGUCACUGUGGGCCUGCAGCUUAUUCAACUCAUCAAUGUGGAUGAAGUAAAUCAAAUUGUGACCACCAAUGUUCGUCUGAAACAGCAAUGGAUAGAUUACAAUUUAAAAUGGAAUCCAGAAGAAUAUGGUGGCUUGAAAAAAAUUCACAUUCCAUCUGAAAAUAUCUGGCGCCCAGACCUUGUUCUCUAUAACAAUGCCAAUGGUGACUUUGCCAUUGUCAAGUUCACCAAAGUGCUCUUGGACUACACUGGACAUAUCACAUGGACACCUCCAGCCAUCUUUAAAAGCUACUGUGAAAUCAUAGUUACCCAUUUUCCCUUUGAUGAGCAGAACUGCAGCAUGAAACUGGGCACAUGGACCUAUGAUGGCUCAGUGGUUGCCAUUUAUCCAGAGAAUGACCGACCUGACCUGAGCAACUUCAUGGAGAGUGGUGAAUGGGUGAUUAAGGAAUCGAGGGGCUGGAAACACUGGGUUUUUUAUGCCUGCUGCCCUGACACUCCCUAUCUGGAUAUCACUUACCAUUUUGUUAUGCAGCGUUUGCCUCUCUACUUCAUCGUAAAUGUCAUUAUUCCCUGCUUACUCUUCUCCUUCCUCACUGGCCUGGUAUUCUACCUGCCUACAGAUUCAGGGGAAAAGAUGACUCUGAGUAUUUCUGUCUUACUUUCUUUGACUGUGUUCCUCUUGGUUAUUGUGGAGCUGAUCCCCUCCACUUCCAGUGCAGUGCCCUUGAUAGGGAAAUACAUGUUGUUCACCAUGGUAUUUGUCAUUGCAUCAAUCGUCAUCACAGUGAUAGUCAUCAACACUCACCACCGUUCUCCAAGUACCCAUGUAAUGCCUGAAUGGGUGAGGAAGGUUUUCAUUCACACCAUCCCAAAUGUCAUGUUCUUUUCGACAAUGAAACGUCCAUCCAGAGAAAAACAGGAGAAGAAGAUUUUUACUGAGGAUAUUGACAUUUCUGAGAUUUCUGGGAAAUCAGGACCCCAAACCAUGGCCUUCCAUUCUCCUCUCAUCAAACAUCCUGAUGUGAAGAGUGCCAUUGAGGGAGUCAAAUACAUUGCAGAAACCAUGAAAUCAGAGCAAGAAUCUAAUAACGCUGCUGAGGAGUGGAAGUUUGUGGCAAUGGUCAUGGAUCACCUUCUCCUCGGUAUCUUCAUGCUGGUGUGUAUUAUUGGAACCCUGGCUGUGUUUGCUGGCCGGCUUAUUGAGUUAAAUCAGCAAGGAUGAAUAUGAAAGCUGAGCUCCUCCAGCAGAGGAGGAAGAAGGAGAUAGAAGAGAAGAAAUUACCUAACUUCGAACACUCUCAUUUACUUAAUAUUUCAUUUAUCUUUCCUUAACUCCCAUUGUACCCAAACAGGAGAGUGAGAAUUUUUCAAUAAAUGUACCUGGACCUUAAAAAGAAA